AUGGCAAUGGUCAUUAGUAUCGCCACUACGUCAUUGUCCACUCGAGCCAAGCAAUGCUUGUCCAUUCCAUUGCUCAUGGCGAACCUGCUGAUUCCUGUUUACUUUUCGGCAGGCAAUAUGCCGCUCGAUCUUGUCGCUGCCGUUGGUUGUUACAAUUUCUUUCUACGAUUUGCCGACCUAUUCUGGAUUGGUCCUUUGCUUCAAGGGAAAGAAGCUUAUGCGACCCUGGACAGUUUGCACCAAGACUUUUGGUCAUGUAUGCGCAAAUUUCCCAAAGUCAACAAAGCAGAUAAACUGGCCAAGGACAAGCAAGUGGAUCCACCCUUUGUCAAGGACAAGAAAUUUUACCACUUGCUGCCUCCGCUACUCUAUCACAUGGCGAUCUGUGAUGUCUUUGGAGCUUGGUUUAGCACCUUUACGAGCCAGGAUAUGAUGAUCCUGAACGAACAACGACCCGUGUUCUUUUUCUUCUUUUUCGUUGUGGCGGUGUUCACAUUAAACAGCGUUUUUAAUGCCAUCGGAUACACGAUGCAUCUGUUUUAUUGUCUGUAUUAUGAACAGGGUUCCUAUUCCUCAGCUCAAUGGCGUCUUUUGAUGGAGUAUCCUAUGCUGGCGACGUCGUUGGAUGAACUCUGGUCCUAUCGUUGGCACCAACUGUUACGAUCAACCUGGCUGGCCUUUGCUUUCCGUCCUACGCGUUUGGUCGUUCAACGUCUGCUUAAAAACCGAGUAAAAAAUCCAACCUUGUAUGCUCUCACUGCGGGAAGUCUCGCAGUGUUUACUGUUUCGGGUGGUAUGCAUGAAUACGCAUUAUUCUGCAAUAUUCGUUGGCCGGUCUUUUACCACGCUUUUCUGGGACAACAACAAUUUUUCUUCGUCAUUCAUGGUGUGGGUCUCUUGUUGGAGAAAGUGUGUAGCCACGCUUUACAAAGUCUAAUUUCCACCGCCGUCCACGAUUCGUCCUUUACGACAACCAUUCGAAGGAUUUGGGUGAUUGCGUUUUCUUUUUAUACCUUUCCUUAUUUCCUGCAAGGCUUUGCUUACUGGGGAAUCUAUUUCGACAAUCCGUACCGAGCUCUGACACCUUACGUUCAACAAAUGCUGCGAAACACCCCUGCAUUGCAUUCAUAUUGCGGUAGUCUGCUUUAG